GCACAUCAACCGCGCAUACCCGAAGCCCACAAACGGCCCCGGCUUCAAUCUCAUCUUUGCCUGUCCCCUGCUUCCCUCCGAUCGGGCAGCUUGCAACUUCGCCUGAUGAAGUGCCUUUCGAUGGCAUACGCUUGCGCAAACCUUGUCUGACAUUUGUCGCCUCCGUUGCACAGCAGAAACUUCGCCUGCCUCGGCCGUCUUGAUGUACCUUCCCAGACAUACCUCGACUUCUCCCUACACCCUGAAGCAUGGACCACGGCCCGGACCCUAAGCGGCCACGGCUUGGGCAAGAACCCAACUCGUCGUGGUCCUCCGCCAGGCCGGCGUAUCCUUCUUACACUACCCUCCCACGUCUCCCCGAACAAGCGUCUGGCCAACCGCACCAGCACCAGCAUCAACAUCAACAACAUCAACACCAACACCCUCCUCACAAUCACUACCCUCGGAGCACCGAUUCUCCAGCCCUGCCGCCAUUACUUACGAGUCCAUACAACAACAACCGCUCCCAUGAGGCGGAUCCGUAUCCUUCCCGGCCUUCGCAACCGCCACAGUCACCGGCGCAUCCUCCUUACCAACCAGCCUAUUCGCCCCGCGAGUCGCCAGGUGGUGGUGGCGGCGGUGGUGUGAAGCGAGAUCCCGAAGAACACUUACCUCAUCCGAACAACCGCCGCCAGAACUCGACAGGAAAUGCGCCCGAACCGCAUCCGGUGACUCCUCACGGUCUUCCCGCGCACGGCAUGCAAGCGCAGUCGCCCGCACCGCCUCCACCUUCGCAGCACCCACAGCCACCACAUCGACCGCAACAUCAACAACCUCUCCCUCAACAGCCGCCGCCCAUGGAUGACCGGAGACAGCCCAGCUUCGAUAACGGCCAGUCUGGACCCGUGUUUCGCCAGCAGCAGAGCUACGCGCCGCCGCCGCCUCCUCCUCCACCCCCUCAAACGCACAACCAUGCUCAUAUUCAAUCGCCGUAUGAGCAGUCUCCAACCCACAACAUGUAUUCUACACCUUAUCAGAGCAACCAAGAAUAUAGCCCAUAUGGGAGUACGUCGUCGGUGACUACCGGCAAACAGAGGCCCAAGCACCAGCGCGCAUCUCAGGCUUGUGAUCGGUGCCGACAUCUCAAGGCCAAGUGUGAUGAGCAGAAACCAUGCAAGAACUGCAAGGAGAAAAACGAACCGUGCAACUACAAGGAGCCCAUAGUUAAACAACAAGACAAGGUCCAGACGGAGCUCCUCGAGGCGGUCACCAGCAUGAGUACGAGCUUUGCCGAUAUAAAAUCGUUGAUUUCAGGGGUCGAUUCGCGUCUUAGUACUCGUCUUACGAAUCUUGAGGAAGCGAUGAGGACCAUAGUCGCUGCUAUCCGACCCGGCGCCGUGCAACCUUUUCCCUUGUCUGUCAAAAGGGAGCUAAGCGGAAGCGAGGAUACUGCUUCAAAUGGACCACACGAAUCUCCAAAUUCUGGCCGGGGCGAGCCGAUUGGAAGUCCCCAAGUGCCCCUGUUGGGGCCCAUGGACAAGCAGCAAGCAACUGAGGAGGCAGCUCAUUCAGCAACUGCCGAAGAGCUGAUUAUUUCCAAGGAGGCCGAGGAACCAAUCGCGCCUGUUAUUCUCGACGACGAUAGACCGGAUAUCCCACCUGGUUCCCCCGUACCUGCCGGAAAACCCGCGAUUCCAGAAAACCACACAACAGGAACCGGCAACUUGCUCAUGUGGCCGGCCAUCCAAAACCUCGUCGGCCACCUUUUGGUGGAAAAUGGCAUCAAGUACCCAAAAACAUACCCACUCACCAUCGAGGAAAACAGGGGUCUGUUACAUUUAUAUGGUCGAGGAGAGGGGAGCAAAAAGAGGCCGGGUGGCAGGGAGGUUCCCAACGAUUUUGGACUUCUUACGUCUGCCUAUCCCGAAGACGUAGCACCAUCGCCAUCAUCCAACAAUGAUUGGGGCUGUAUGGAUGCUAUGGAGACCGCGCCUUUUAGUCCACAGAAUCUUCCUCCAACGCCCGAAACGAAGACCCCUUCCCGAAAGACGGUCGGAGGCCUCAGGUUUGAUCAUGAUCAUGUGUGGAAGCUUGUGGAUAGCUACAAGGAGAACAUGCAGAACAUGCACCCCAUUAUUCUGCCCAAGGAUCUGGACGCUUUGAUCAAAAAUUUCCUUGACAGCCUUCCUACGGUUUACGUAACCAAAUCUGUCAGGCCGCCACCCAUUGCAGGGUUUGCCGCAAAGCACGAAAUUGUUGGUGAGAAGCGAAAACGGGAGGACACAGACGACGGCUCGGAACCCAAGGUGGCGCCUCAAAAACGUCCUGCGCCAUCUCGCCACAUCAGCACUGCCGUAGUUCUCUGUAUUCUUGCCCUGGGAGAGAUCUGUCUACACAAGGACCGUAUCCCAGAUGUUGUUCCUACACAUGGCGAGAUGCAAAGUCAAGGUUCCUUCAGCUCUCAGCCCUACGGCUCUCAAGGUUCCCCGGCCUCCCGAAAUGGUGUACCACCAUCCCCCAUCCAGGGGACACCGCCUUCGGUAACGUCGCACCCGACAGGCAGCAGGCGAGCCUCUUUUCAGGGUUCCGCUGGUUCUACAUCAGGGCCGAUAAGGAGGAAUAUGGAUGUGAUCCCGGGUCUACAGUACCUGGCCAAUGCGACCGACAUUCUGGGCAAUCAAAUGGGAGGGACGUCGGUAUGGCACGUAUACGCCAACAUUUUGGCUGGUCUUUACUACGGUCAACUGGGCAGGGUUAUGGAGAGUUACUGGCAUAUCCAUCAUGCCUGCGUCAAGGCGCAGCAUCUCCUUAGGAACCACUUCUCUCGUCUCACAUGUGCAAAGGGCCAAACACAAGACAUUAAGGACACCCGUUACUAUCUCAUUUAUUGGACAUGUAUGCAACUUGAAAGCGACAUCAUCGCCGAGUUGAAUUUACAACAGUCGGGUAUCAGUAAUUACGAGCAGAGCAUGCCACACCCUAAUUUGGAACACAUGAUCGAGUGUGGGAUCGACCAACGUGUCGCCUAUAGCUACUACGGGCAGCUAUGGCUACGGAAGACGCUCAACAAGGCGCACACAAUGCUAUAUGGGCCCAAGGCUGAAAGAGACAAAUACACCCUGAUAACUUUGGUGAAAAUCAUGCACUCGAACCUGACCGACAGCGAAGAUCUUUGGUGGCCAAAGUUUCAUGACCAUGAUCCCCCGACUCCGGCCGACAACAUACUCGACGCUAGACUGCGAGCCAAGUAUUGGGGCGCCAUGAACAUCAUUUGCCGGCCGGUCAUUAAAUCUAUACUAAUGCUAGAUUAUCAGGGGAUGCAGGAAAGCCUCGAUCCAACCGAUCCCUUAAAUCAGCUUUUGGAUCCCAACGACAAAACUGUUUUGGAAAUAGCAGAAAAAGGCAUUAAUGCGCUUCUUCAUAGUACAAAGGCCUUCCACAAUCUUGCUGAAAGGCGGUAUAUUGUCACCAACAUUUUUGGUACAGCUCAAGCUCAAUGGGGCAACCUGAUUACUCUUGCCGCGGUCUACAGGAACCAGCACCUCUCACAUUUUAUCGACGCCGGGGAGCUCAAAUAUCUUUUCGACAAAAUGAUACAGUUCCUGGAGGUCAUCUCGCAUCGAUCAAGCGCCCUCGAGGUUGAUGGGAAAAUCCUCGUUGGUCUGAGGGACUCUCUGUUCCCCCCAGGGUUUUCCCGACCCGAAACGCACUCAGCUACCAGCUCAAGUGCGCCUCAAUCGACAAGCAUUCACACAUCAAUGGCGACUCAGCACGCUUUCCAGCCGUUGCCGAUGAGCCCCGUACAUACGAGCCCUAUAGUACCUCAAUUCGGGCCUCACCCGAUGCCCCCGAAUGGGCUGCCGUCGUUCUCUUACCCUUCUCACCCUCCUCAACUUCACCCUCCUCAACUUCAUCCUCACCCUCACCCACCUCAGCCGUCCCAUCAAACACAGAACGGAGUAAUGGAUGUUCAGGUACCUCGAUGAGGCUGCUCUUCAGAAAGGCGUAACUCGCAUUCGCCAUCCCACCGAGGUUUUCUGCAAGCAGGAAGCAGGACAUCGCAGUACGCUUUUGCUAAGCCUCGCUUCGCUUCAAAUUCCACAUGCUGUGUCACGUUGACAGGGCUCGCACAAAAAGAUACGCUGAAACGAACUACUUUGGGAGGCUCGCACUGUACAUGAUUGCAGUGGAGCCCUGCCACAUAAUUACCUCGUUAAUAUUUGUCAUUUAAACGCCCUUACAUUUUCUUUGGAUUUGGAUCAGCCUCUCCCUUACUCUUGGUUCGGCAUCUUGCUUGCAUUGCACAUCUUUUUUUUUGUUCUCAUGCUCUUUUCCUUCCCGACUUGACAGGAUCAUAACUGUCUUCAGACGUGGAUGAAGCCGUUUGAUGGCCAAGGCAGGAAAUAUCAUGCUCAGCGACGUUUUGUAUUCUCUGUUUUAUCUUCUUGGAUGAAGCGUACCUGCAUACAUACCCAUUUACAAGGUCGGCUUUUUCUUUGAUUUACUUUUUCUCUGAGUCAUGUUAUUCACGCAUACUCUAAUGAUGGUAUAUUUUGUUUUUCUUUUUCUUUAAAAUUAUAUUGCGCGGUACUAAGUGGUAGCUGUGCGGCGGACAGGUCCGUUGCGAGUACAUGUUGCAUAUAGAUGGCUGGUUCAGAGCGGAUUGUAUCUGAGUGUUGAAGUACUUUGUUGGAUAAGAUAUAUUUCUGUGGUCUCAUGGAUCUCUUUACGGGGCAAUAUAACAUCAAAGGCCAUCAUCAUCAUCAUCCUUGAUCAUUUCUAGCUCCGAAAAUUGUGAAUAAAAAUGAACGCACGCGCAAUCAAACGCCAACACCAAACACCAUCUAGUUUUAGAUAGUUGGAGGAACUAGAUGUCAAGUUUGAGCCCCUGAGCUUAAGAAUACAAAGUUUAUCUCCCUGUCCAAACUUCAUAAUGGCACUACGGUUAAACAAAGCCAGCCGUCGGGAUAGGCGGCCUCGCGCAUCAGACCCUCCAGCGGCGCGGAAAAGGGCACAGGGGCGCCGUGAAGCACCACGUUUGCCAGAACUGGAUCCCUGCUGCUGGGGAAUAAGGCUGGGAGCAGGUCACGUAGCGUCGGGCCUAGAGUCUGCGGCGUGCCUAUUGAUUCGAAAGCCAAGUCAGCGAUAUGUCAUUGUGCAGCUUCUCUUGUUUCGUGGCACUGCACUGGGUUGGAGUAGCGGGCAAAAAAAGAAAAAAAGAAAAAUUCAGGGGACUUUUUUUUUGGGGCUUUUUUUCUUUGCUCACGAUUUGCCAUCUUAGGCGGCACGAGGGUCUGCAUGACCCUAAAAGACCCAGCGGGCGGCGCUCCCCCCGUACCAGCACCACCGUUGCCGCCGCCGCUGCUGGGGAUGUAGAUGCGCAGCGGCACGUGCUUGAUCGGGGUGCUGGGGUUGAGCAGGCGGGCGUUGAUGCGGGCCCAAGCCGGGUAGUCGGCGUCGCGGACGGCGUUCCACAGCGCGGUGGUGUCGGCCUUGCUCAUGCCCAUGAUCUGCUUGGCGUGUCCGUUGCGCACAAAGUCGGCCUCCUUGACGCCGUUGAGGAACGUAUCGCCCACGUGCCAGUCGUCCCCUUCUUGGACCGUCAGGCGCCAGGGGAGCGCCGGCUGGUAGAGGUCGACGAGCAAGCCGAGCGGCAGGGCGCGCAGCGCGAUCCCCUCGUGGUGGAAGCUCGUCGGGACCGGGGUGGACGGCGGGAGGAAGGCGCGGAUCCGGGGGAGGAGCAGAGAUAGGUAGGAUACCCGCGGGAGCGAGGUUAUGAAGGGCGUAUUAGGGAGGGAGGGGUGCGUGAUGUAGAGCGGGAUGGUGAGGCGCCAGAGGGUGCGGGGGAUGGAGGCGGUGGUGGGUGGUUCCGUGGUCCGUUGGCGUGGUGGUGGUGGCGAUUGGGAUGCUGCUGUUGCCGACGUGAUUCUUGAUAUUUGCCAGGCCGGAUCGGGACCGGGAUGAGGUGGGGAUGGGGGCCCCGAACCCGGCCCGGGUACCGGGCUGGCGGGGUCGGCUUCUGAUCGGCGCGGCGAAGCCAUUUAAACCCCCAUGCGACGCCUGGUGGAACGGUAGCAGUGACGAUGUCUUUUUUUGACGUAACGGUAAUUGUGAUGGGGGCAGAAAUUAGGUGUGCCUAGCCAGAGGCGGUGAGAUUAAAAAUUCCCGGGUUCCCCGAUCACGUUUAAAUUGAGUCUAGUCUUGUUCCUUCGUAUUUGGAGUACCCGAGAGGAGAUAGCGAUCUGCCGAAUGCCUCUCUCGUCGGGUGUAGUUUUCCCCCCACACCCGUGUGUCUCUCUUCUAUUUUUUUGGUCCCGACAGAAACGGCCCAAGAACCGGGUCGUGUCUUUUUUUUUUUUUUUCUCUUAGGGA